UAAUUAUACAUUGAUUCGCAAAAACAACAAACAAAUCGCACCCAAUCCCACGCUAUCGAAGACGAUGGGUCCCCAAGAUUACGAACGAUAACCGAUAACGCUCCUUAGCUACCGGUGAAUGUAAGUAAAAAGUAAAUAAAUCAAAACUGAACCAGUCCCGUAGGGUACAAGUACCCUACUUACGAAAAGAUAACGAGAAUUACAGCGCUACUGGGCACAAAAUGCAAUCUCUUCGUGGAAUGCACAAGUGGGUGGUUCUACCACGCUUACUCUCGGUAUAGAUCAUAGGUGACGAUCCGGAACUGCUCUACGUGUGGUACCAGUCGCUGUACGUCUACGCAUUUUACUGGCUAAUCGGAUCACUUUACAUAAUGAUGGACAUCAGCGGGCGCCCUCGGUUCCUACGCAAGUACAAAACCCAGCCGGGAAUGAAUGAACCUCUCCGGUGGAGCGAUCUGAAGAAGAUCAUUAAAACCGCUUUUGUCAACCAGUUCUUGAUUGGCCUGCCGCUAUCCUACGUCCUCUUCCACAUGUUCGCCCAAAACUCAUACCCCAACGUGCGGAUCCUUCCCUCCCCGUUCGAAGUCCUACGUGACUUCGUCAUUAGUGUCAUCCUGUGGGAGGUUGGCUUCUACUAUAGCCAUCGGGCGUUGCACCAUCGGUUCCUGUAUCGGAUCGUUCACAAGCGUCAUCACGAGUUCACCGCCCCGGUUGCGUGGGCCGCCCUGUACGCCCAUCCGAUCGAGCACAUCACCAGCAAUAUGAUCCCACCGCUACUGGGCAUCGGCCUCAUGAAGAGUCACUUUGUAACGACGCUGGUUUGGUUCACGUACGUGAUGCACGACACCCUGGCGACCCACUCCGGGUACCAUUUGCCGGUGCUGGGCAGCAGCGAGCGGCACGAUUAUCACCACUUGAAGUUCACCCAAUGCUACGGCGGUUGGGGUCUGCUCGAUAGGCUCCACGGUACCGAUGAUCAGUAUCGCAAAUCCAAAAACUAUCAACGUGAUCUGCGGCUUUGGAGCGGCAAAUCUGCGCGGGAACUCGUCCCCGACGACAAAUAGGCAAUAGGCAUACCUACAAUGAAUGGAAUGCAGCGAGGAGAGUGAAAGGAGUUUUAGCCUUAGCGUUGCUGGACGAGUCGACGAUGGCGACGACGAAAGUGGGACGCGACCUAUAGGGCCGCAAAGUCAUAGAUUUAAUAUGGACCAGCAGCGCGCGCCUUCCAUCCUACGUAAUAAAUACGGGUAUUAGUGCCAUUGAGCUAGUAACAUUUAUCUUUUGCUGUAGAACAAUAAAGAUCGUUCGGGUCGCAACCCGUUAAGUUCAAGUACAUCUAUUAUGUUUUUACACGGAUAAAGUCGACCUCAGUGAUGACGGGGGAGAGGCUUCGCAGGAAUGGGAUAACAACGGAAACUGCAUCAGGCUUAGGCAGCCCCCCUAACUAGAUUUGAACCUAUUCUUAACGCACACUUCCGAUUGCUGGUACCACGCG